CACUGCCUGAGGGUUUUGUCUUCCACACACUCCACCUCUCCUUUCUUACGGCCCUCCCCUGUUCUUCCGACUGCCCUUUGUUGCCCCUGUCUCGUCGGCCCCGUGCAGCUGUAUUUUAAUCUUACAGCAGUGAACCACAUUCGCUCAGGAUGGACUUGAGACCCCCCAACCUGCUGCUGCUGGUUCUCACCAGCCUCCUCCACUUCUUGCAGUGUGCCACAGAGCAGUCAUCAUACAUCAUAGAUACCAUUGGCAUUACAGUCCUACCUAGCAGCACAGUUCAGAGCGGGACUCCAGUGGAAAUAAUCUGCAAGGCCAAAGUCAGUCACGACAACAUCCCAAACCUGACAUAUACUUUUGAGCUUAGACGGGACGACGUUGCCAUCUUCUCCUCUACCGUCACAAAAGACUCAGCCACAUAUGAGAUACUCCCGGCCAGGGUAGCGGACUCUGGAAGUUACGAAUGUCGGGUCACAGUCAAAGAAAAGAGCAGAACCAGCUUCAGCCAAAAACUGGAAGUCACAGGCCUGCAGACCCCCACUCUGUAUCUGGAUAAGACUACAUUCUAUGCGGGGGAUGACUUCAAAGCCACCUGCAGUGCUCCGGAGGAAAGGGGAUCCUUCAUAUUCCGUUUUUUCCAGAGAUUUAGAAAUGAAGAGCCUCAGCAGAUGAAGCAGGUAGCACCGAUUGGGAACUUCUCAGAGACCACACUGAUCCUGAGACAGACUGGUGACUACUUCCUGUACUGCAGCUAUGAGAUCAAUUUGGUUUCUGGGACCAGACGCUCCAACCGCAGCAACGAGAUUCAUGUGAAUGUCAGAGUACUCCAAAUUACCCCAGUCAUGAACGUGCUGCCCUCCCCUAAUGUCUUUGAGGGUGAAUUAUUGGAGGUGGUCUGUAAGGUGUUGACUUCAGUUGAGAAUGUUGAAGUAUUCCUGACAAGGGAUGGGAGCGUUCUCAAGAAAGCCCUAGUCAGUCUCUCUCAUCGAUUCAGAGUACAUGAAGGAGACUCUGGGGAGGUCACAUGCAAGGCAGAGAGGGGAAAUGUGCAGAAAGAAACCUAUCAAGUAAUCAGAGUCAAAGAGCUGUUCUCAAAGCCACACCUUGCUGUGAAUCCUGUUGAGAUAUUUGAGGGAGAGAAGUUCAAACUGACCUGCUCUGCCACUGUUUAUGUUCCUGAGAGGCUCAGCAAUGAAACCGUGCAGCUCUACAUCUACAAAGAUAACGUCAAGCUCACCUCUUCAGGGACUUACAUAUCUGUGGCGAAUCCUUAUAAAAAUGGCAACUACACCUGCAAGGCCUAUGCUGUUUCUCAGGGACACAGUAUAUUAAAACAAAGCCAAACACUUGUUGUUAAGGCCAAAGUUCUUGUUUCAGAACCUGUGCUGAGUGUGGUGGGGGGUACACUGGUGUUGGGAAAGAGCUUCCAGCUGCUCUGUCACAGUGACAGAGGCACUCUGCCCAUCAUAUACAACCUACAUGGCCCCAACAAGCUGAAUGAGCAAAGGGUGGUGAGCAAGCCAGGAGAACAAGCCAUCUUUAACUCCUCAGCCAUCUUUAAGAGCUCAGACUUAAACAACUUUAUUUGCCAUGCAAAAAACAGUCUAAACAGUCCUUCCAUGGUAGGAAACGGGCGGCAACUGCUCCAUUCAACCAAUAUCAUAGAGCCUGUGUUAAAUCCAGUGUUGACCAUAGUCCCUCGCACAGGCUAUGUCUCUGAGGGGCAGGACGUGAAACUCACCUGCUCUGUAGAGAAAGGGACUCUUCCCAUCAGAUACACUUGGUACCACAUUGGGAAAAAAGGUGCCCUUAUUUCACAGACCUCCAAGGAGCUGCAGGGCACCUACUUCAUACGCAGUGUCAGAGGAGAGGACAAAGGGGAAUACUACUGUGAGACCAACAACCCGGCCAACGAAACCAAACAGAGUGCUGCUGUCAUGAUUAUCGUGAAGAUGGCUGGCUGGAAGAAAGGUCUUAUUGCUGUCUUCUGCAUCCUGCUCAUACUGGCCUUGGUCCUUGUUAUUGCCUUAAAAACACGUCUCCUACAAUUUAAAAGGAAGGGAACAGGCAAGCUGUUAGUGAAGUCAGCUGGCACCAAAGUGGAGCGACUGAGCCUCACCCAGGCAGAGGUCAAUGAGGCUGCAAAUGCCACACCAGGCAUGAUGGGAAAGAGUGUGUGGAGUGAACGGGUAUCAGGCUCUGAGUCUGAUGACCAGAACAGUGAGGCUGCUGCAGAACCUCAAUACACAAAUGUGCAGACCAGACAGGCAGAUCCUAACAGAGCUCCAGUGAAGAAGGGCAUAGACACAGAGUACAGCAAAAUGAGGACUUCCAAGCAAGGUUUUCCUGAGCAGGCUGAUGGUCAUGGGUCAGUGGAAUACGCUCAGCUGAAUCGUGAGACAGAUCACCACACUGACCAUGGUAUCCACGUCGACCACUCUGUUCAGGAUGACCACAGGGAUGAGGUUGACAGCGUUGUUGUUGACAGCGUUGUUGUUGACAGUGUUGUUGUUGACAGCGUUGUUGUCGACAGCGUUGACACCAGCACUGCUGACCACGGGGAAUGAAAACAUACAAGCCAAACUGAUAACAGACCAGCAAGAACAUUUAUUCCCAUAUUUAUCCAGCUCCUUAUUGCAACCGGAGUCUUUCAUGCUGAAAGACCGUAAAUGGCCCUAAGCAAUUACUGUAUGUACUCUGAUAUUUUUUUUAACGCUUUGCAGAGAACAUUCCUCACUGUAGAUUCACUUGCUUUGCCUUGGAAGGGCAAAUAAAUGUAUGUUUUUGUGAA